AUGGCCGAAGUAACAUUUUCUGUUACCAACCGUAAAGGGAAAGUUUUGGUCCAUAAAGGGUACGAAUAUAUCGAAGCGUGGAAGCGUGCUGAUGUUAAAACGGAGCAGUGUCAAACCUGGCGUUGCAGAGAUAAGACUCGUUGUAAAGCCCGUCUGUUCUAUGUGAAUGGCAAAGCCACUGAGCGCGACCAUCAUUCCCACGCUCCCGACGUUGUGAAGGUCAACGCGAACUCUGCAAGGCAAGUCCUGAAAGCCCGUGCAGCCACAACACUGGAAAGACCUCGCCAGAUAAUUGAUGAAGUUCGCGCUGAUAUCCCGCUGACUGUGGCUGUUCAAAUGACAUCCUACGAUGCCCUUGCGCAAACCAUUGUGCGCCAGAGAAAAGCUGCAGGUGUACCUGGGACACGCGUAAACACCCUGGCUGAUAUUGAUGGCAGUUAUUUUUUGAAAGAAAAUGCGCGUGGGGAGUCGAUAUUAAUUGCCGAUACUGGACGGGAAGAUGAGCACCGAAUUAUUGUUUUUGGUGAUCCCAAAUGCUUUGAUAAUCUUGCAAAGUCUGCUGUCUGGUUAAGUGAUGGACCGUUCAGCGUGAGCCCGCCUAUCUUUACGCAGCUUUACACUGUUCACGGCAAUGUAUACGGAUCAACGGCUCCUCUUGUCUAUGGAUUACUACCAAAUAAAUGCGAACUCACAUAUCGCCGUUUUUUCGAAAUCAUUCGUGACCAGUUGGUGGGAAAAGGUGGACAGGGAACGUUCGGUCCUGAAUAUAUGAUCAUGGAUUUUGAACAGUCGUCGAUUAUUGCAUUUCGGACGGUUUUCCCAAAUUCAAAAUUACGAGGUUGCAACUUUCAUUUUGGGCAGAACGUGUACCGAAAACUCGUCAAUUUGGGACUGGGACCUGCUUAUGCAACUGACCCUGAAUUUAGCCUGUCUUGUCGCAUGUUAUUUGCCCUGGCAUUUGUUCCGGUGAAAGAUGUUCAACGCGUUCUGGCAGAGCUGUUAAAGAUACCAGAAUUUCCGUUCAAGCAAGGCGAUCCUUUCAUUGAUUACUUACGAACAACAUACAUUGGGCAUACCGCAUUUGUAAUUCCAUCGAACAGAUGCAUCGUCACUAAACCAUUGUUUCCAGUUGAAUUCUGGAGCUGUUGGGAUAGACUGGAAGACGAUGUGCAUCGCACUACCAACCGCCUCGAAGCGUGGCAUCGCACAUUUUCGGAUGCUGUGAAUAAGGACCAUCCUGGCAUAUAUGCUUUACAUGACCUUCUGGCACGGGAAAUUGUCCACCAGCAAACAGAAGUUGCGCUGCGAAUGGCAGGUGCUGCACCAAAGCAGAAGAAAAAGUAUGUCGAGGUCACCAAACGACUUAAGAAUGUCGCUUCGAGCUACGGACAAAUGGACAGUGCGGACUACUUGAGAUCGGUGGCUUCAAACCUGGAAAUACUGCUAGGAAAACGGGAUGAACCAUUGUAA